AUGGCUUCUGCCACCCCAUCACAUCCUUCUACCAAAGAGACCUCUAAUUAUGCUUGGCUCUGUUGCCUUCUUGUUGAUGUUGGAUCAUGUGUGCUGAGGGAGAUCUUUGACAGAAUAUGUCCACCAGGAAAUCUUCACACAGUUCUGAAUGAUCCCAAAAAUCAUGCAAAAUUGCAAACACUGCGAAAGAAGAGAGUCCUGAGUACCUCCCAGUGGCGAAAACUGUAUCCUGCUUUCAAAUCUUCAGUUUGCUCAAGGGACUUUGACACGUCCCUACUGGUAUUUCUUCUGAGGAAUAUCUGGGGUCUGCCUCUCCCUGCCUCUGGCCAGAAUGACCUUUCUCUGGUAACAGACACCACUCCAGCAGCUGACAUCACUCGCAUCAAGAUCCUCAGAGACAGGGUUUACAGCCAUGUUUCCAGUGGUUCAGUUGAUGAUUCAACCUUCAUUUCCUACUGGAAUGACAUCAAAGACACCUUUCAGCGUAUUGGUGGGGUCCGCUAUCAGGACAUUAUUAAUGAUCUUAAAAUUGAUUGUAUGGAUGCUGAUACUCAGAAGGACUACCAGGAGCUUUUCAGAGAGUGGUUGAAGGAUGAAGACUGCAUCACAGACAAGUCACAUGAAGAUGAAAUGAUAAAAAAGGCCAGGUGGGAAAAUGACCCUGAGGGUUCCAUUGAGAUAUACGAACAAAGUUCAGGGAAGGAAGGUUUGUGCACUUUACUUUUGUUGAUUUUAAGGUUUAAACUUUCUAUGUUGUAUCAACAAUGUUAGAUAUAGUGGAUCAUGAAAUAAAAGGAAUUACUUCCAAAAUUUUUGUUUGGAAAGUCAUAAUAUUAUGUACACUGUAUAUCAAAAUGAAGUUUUGUGUAUUUUUUUUCUUGAUGAUGUGAAUGAAUAUUAUUAUAUGAAAAAUUCAUGGCUGAGGUAUAAUUUUGUACUGAAGAUGAUAGAUUUUAAUCCUAAUUAUUUGAGUGAAAGAUGAUGUUACUCAGUGAAUGAUACCACCAAUGCAAACUCAGAGAAAAAAGGGGAGCACUCAGAGGUGUUUUUUUUUCUUCAAGUAUACCUGUCUAAUUUUGUACUGUUUAAUCAGUUAGUGUGGACUUAAAAUGUUUUAUGCAGGGUCAAGGAUGCAUUGACUUAAUUGUUAUUCAUAACUUGUUUUCUUUUCUUUUUCUUCACUGCAGUCUUUUGAUUUUCAUUUGGAUCAGCCACUAAGUUUUAAUAAAUGAAUGGAAACAAAAAAAAUAUUAAAAACUACAUUCUUCUUUUCCAGAAGCAGUCAUGAUACCAGGGGAAAAUAUGUCAGCACAGAAUAGCAAUGCAAGCCCACCAGAGCUCAAUGUUACACUUCCAUUGAUGAGUGAUCUUCCUGAAACCUCAUUUGCUUGGAGCAAUGUUGAACUUCCUGUUGAUAUUCUUUUAUUAACAGCGGAGGACUGUGAGUUCUUAAGUUGCUUUGCUUACCUGAAGGAACCCUUUAAGAGUUACCACAUCAGUUCUGGCUAUGUGUACUUUGGGUGCAUGGGUGAUGAUCAAGGAAAGAAAAUGAAAAUUGCAUUGAUGAGGUGCUCCAAAGGUCCUGAUGUUCCUGGGGGUUCUUUGUCUGUUUCAAAAGAUGCCAUCUUACUACUGAGACCCAAGGCUAUUUUUUCUGUUGGUGCCUGCAGUGGUUUGAACAACAAAAAGAUCAAGUUAGGCGAUGUGGUUGUUUCAGCAAAGCUGAUAAUAGCUGCACACAAGACUCCUCCCAGCAGAGAUAUUGGUAACCUGAUCAAACAUGUGGCUGAUGGGUGGAAGGCACCUUUACAAAAUGCUGAUGAAUAUGCUGCCAAAGUGCACUGUGAUGGAGUGGUUCUGAGUAUCUCAGAAGGAAAGAAAGAUAUAACUGGUCAACAUCCUGAAGCAAUUGCAGUUGAAAUGGAAGGUGGAGGUGAGAAUCAUAAUAAUUCAAAUAAUUGAUAAGCCAAGAAUUUUUGCACAUGUAGCAAAAGUGUUUUGAAAAACACUUCUCUGGCAUUGUCUCUGCUGGUACAAGAAAUAGCUUAUACCAUAUAACAUGCCCAGUUUGCAGGAAUUAUAUAUUGUGUAUUUAAAGUGAUUUGAUGUUUGGCAGGUGAAGGUGACUAAGACUUCUUCUGGAUAACUAAAUUGAAUGUGCUCCAUCAGGAUGUCAUGAAUUUUUUUAAAAUUUGUGGCAUGAAAAUUGUAAAAAGUAUUUUGUUAAAUAGUUUGAGAGCUGAGGAAUAGUAUCACAGUCCCUGUUAACCCUGAAACUCCCAUGGGUGACCAAGACAGAAUUUCUCCUUACAGUAUCAAUAAUUAUGAUAACAAGCAGACAAGUAAUGGGAAAAGGAAAAAGUGUGAAUUAGGGGAUUAUUGGUUGAUCCAAAACUAAAUUCUCCUAACUAACAUUAUAGGAAUUUUUUAUGACAUACAUUAACCCUUUAAAUCCUAGAAGUGAUUAACAUGUAACUUCUCCCUGUAAUGUCCACACAUUAUCCAGCAAACAGUUGGUGAGAAUACUGAAACUCAUCAGUUACGAGUUAUUACCUUGAUCAAACAUCAAAUUCUUGUAACCAAUUUACAAGGAAAUGUGUAGCAGGUAGAAGGAGAAUUGACAAUAAGAUCUUGGGAGUUUAAGGGUUAAAGAGAAUUACUAAAUAGAUCUUAAGUGUGAAAGGGUUAACUCUUACUGACAAAAGUUUGUCAUUUGAGAAAUGUUGAAAGUUACUUAUGAAACAAGACAAAGCCUGAAGAAUAAUUUUACAGUCUCAGUGUAAAUUUUUUUAAAUUACUGGUUGAAAACAAGUAGGUUUCUGUUCCAACUUAUGUCUUUCUGUAAUGUGCAUGUUUACAAGCAGCUAGAGUGUGAAUCUUCUUGAGCUUUGAUUGAACAAUUAUUUCAAGGAUGUUAAGAAAAUAAGCUUAAUAUAAUAUAAUAUAGUUAGCAGACAUGAGUGUUUUUUUUUCAGGAGUGUAUGCAGCAGCCCAUGAUUUUAAGACAGAAUGGUUGGUAGUCAAGGGCAUCAAAGACUUUGUAGAGGAAACACAGUCUUCUAGCGAGAAAUGGAAACAAAUUGCCUGUGUGAUGGCAGCUUCUGUUGUGGCCAACAUUUUGAAUGAUCCAGUCAUAGUUCAAGAUUGGCCUCACUUUAAUGCAGGUAUUGCUUCCUGUCUCAAUCUUGUCUUUUUACAAGGAUAGGUCUGACUUAGAUCUAAGUUCCCACAGCAUAUUCUUUUAUGGAUUAUAAAUCAAGAUGAUUUAUUUAGUGAUUGUUCACAAAUAGGAAAUUAAGUCACCCAUAUUUUGAGUUAACAUUCCAGUAGCUUAAACAAGGCCUCUUUACCCUUUAACUCCAAAGAUCUUGUUAAUAAUUCUCCUUACUGUCUGCCAAAUGAUUCUCAUUAUGUUAGUUUGGAGAAUGUGGUAUCAGAUCAACUAGUAAUCCCAUAAUUAUUAUUUUUCUUUAUUCUCAUCACUUGUCUGCAUGAUAUUGUAUAGAUAUAGUAAGGAGAAAUUCUGUCUUGGUCACUCAUGGGAGUGGUGGGAGGAAAAAACUUGUAGUUUAAUUGAGUGAUGUAAUGAUGAAUAACAAUUCACUCCAUGAGCCUGGUGAACUGGCCUGUAUUCUAUAGUUAGCUUGGUUUAUGUAACACCACCAAACUAUGGAGAAUUCAGAGGCUAAUGACAUCUGCCAAAGUGAUUUGAAGUUAUUUUAAAUUUUAGUUCUUGGGCCAAUAGGCGACAAAUCAAAUUGUUUUAAACUAAAAAAAUUGAUUUAUCCAAUACUGCAUGUGCGAUUGUAUUUUGAUGUUGAAACUAUUGGAAUGGAUGGGGAAGUGAUAAAUGCCAGCACACAUGUUUAUGGUUUUUUUAUUUUUUAACCUUUUAUGGAACCUGACAUGUUAUUAGUUUGAGAUGAAUAAAUCAGAUUUCAAGUAAAUUUCUUAAGUAAAUUGGUUUAAAGAGACAACAUUACUUUUUUGUUUAUUAAUUCAUUUAGGUGCCAAUGAAUUACCCUCUCAAGGUAAGUCCAACAUGUUUUGAUGAGUGUAAUAAUAGUGAACAUGUGAAUGAUAAUGAUAAACAGUGAACUUAUAUGCCACUAUUUUAACUCUCAUAAUCAGAUACUGUAAUCAAAUGUUGAUCCAGGAUUUUUUUUUGAGAGAAGGGGGUCAAUUUUUGUUUAGAAAACACAGGCUUUUUUUUUUUUUUUAAUCUGAAACCACAAUAGGCCAAGACUUAUGUCUAGAAAAGUAAUUGUUAAAUGCUUCAUAUUGGAUAGUAAUAUGUGAUCCUGUUGUUUCAAGAAUUUGGGUGUCAGACAGGUGGAUCUGAUGGGGGUAGAACAAGGACCUCUUGGAGGGGGGGGGGGGCCUUCCUCCCCAAACCACCACCGAUUUUUAACUAUUAUAGGGUCCAUGAGUUGGGGCUCUGAUAUCCAAUACUGGAAUUGUUUCUCUGUUAGACACUCGACUUUGAAAUUUACAUUCAAGACCAGGCUUCCAAGGUGUACAACUAUUUGUGGUAUUAAUGUGCCUUUAGUUUGUUAUACUUUUUUCAUCAAUAAGAGUUAGACCAAUAUAGCCUAAAAUCUUUGUCUUAAGAUCCUGUGUGUUAAUUGAGCUGCCCUCAAAACAGUUAAACCCAUUGGAGCAAGAGAGAAAGUACUUAAACUACUAUCCUUGUGUUCAUAUUAUUUAUUAAGUUUGUUCCUUUUUUUAAAUUUCAGCCGUAAGUGCCUAUACUUCAGCUUUAAAGUCUUCAAUUAUUGGCCAAACGGAGUUCCAACCCAAACUGCUUGCCUCUCGCACGAUUUCCAACGCGAAGACAGACGAAAUAUUCACUAAUCUUCUCAUACAACAUGGAAGAAAAGCCCUGAUCAUGAGUAACAAUGACGAGACAUAUUAUUCAAGAAGUGAAGAGCUUGAGUACUACGGAAAAGUCAGCGGUACCCCAGUCAAGCACGCUAGUGAAAUAUUUCUUGGCGUGAUUGAUGAUCAGGAGAGUGCUAAUUCUAUUCUUGUCGUUGGAAAAGCAGGGAUUGGGAAAUCCCUGUUUUGCCAAAAGGUGAUUCGCGAUUGGGCCAACAACGAAUUAUUUCAAGCACGAGAAAACACCGAAAUCCCCAAUUUAAAGUUUGUGUAUUUGCUUACUUUCCGUCAAUUGAAUUUGCUUGAAAAUAACUGUGUGACUUUAAGAGAAAUCUUAAAUUGUUGUUCGGCUCUGGAUGACAAAUGUAACAUUGAUGACUCUACAUUUGAGUACAUUUUAAAGCAUCCCAAGGAAGUUAUGAUCAUCCUCGACGGCUAUGAUGAGUAUUCACAGCAAGAUUACAUCGCUGGAAACUUAGAAGAACAGCAUCCCAAUGACGCUAGACGUAAAAUGCCGGUGGCCGCAUUAUGUUCAAAACUCAUCAAAGGAAAAAUCUUGAAAGAGACUAUCGUCAUGAUUACCUCGCGGCCUGAUGAAUCGGACAAGAUGGGAGGAAUCCGUUUUAAACGAUACGUGGAAAUUGCGGGGUUUUCGUCAGAACAAGUGAAAGAGUACAUUGAGAAAUACUUCAAGAACAACGAAAAUAUGAAGAACGCUGUAAUUAAACAUGUCACGGACAAUGAGAACCUUGUCAGUUUUGCUCAUAUUCCUAUGCUCUGUUAUCUGUUGUGCUUCGAGAUGGAGUAUACCCUUGCUGAAUCAGAAAAUCCUGAUGACCUUCCUGUCUCAACAACCGACAUUUACACCAAACUUGUUGAUAUCUUUGAACUUAAGCAUUGCGCCGAGUCAGAAUACAGACAGAAAGAAAUUCCUGAGCAAUUCAAGCCCCCUUCUGUCAUCAAGAACACAUUAGACAAAUUAUCAGAACUAGCGGCUAAACUGCUGCUUGCAGAAAAGGUAACUUUUGAUGAAAAGGAGAUGGAAGGUGAGUUUGAGCUGGAAGAAGUCAACAAACUGAAAGGUAGCGGUCUUCUUUACUGUGGUCAGCCUUUCAGGACUGCACUGAUUACAACCACGAAGCACUUUAGCUUCACACAUCUAACCGUCCAAGAAUUCUUGGCUGCUCGUUGGUUUGUUAAGGAAAAUUGUGUUCCAUACAAACCAUGCUCUGAAAUGGUUUUCCAAUUCAUGGCUGGUGUGUUGUCAAAUGAAGGAAACGAGAAACUGAUGGAAAAAUUAUUAGAUUCAUUCUUUAUGCAUCGUAAUCUUCAAAUGAGGUGUCUGAAUGAGUAUCAAAACAAAGAAUUUGCCAAAAAAUUCAUCAGGAAUAAUCCGCAAGCCUUUCGUAAUUUAGACGGCGUCAUGGCUUUUAAGGAUUUUUCUGAUGUGGACUGCAUUGGAGUAUCAUUUGUGUUGGACAUUAUCAGUGAACUAAAUAAAGAGGAAGCUGGAGAGGCACAACACAAAUGUUCUGAUGAGUUCGUCACAGUUGAGGAGUUAAAACUUAGCGAAUCACAGCUAACACUGUCUGGAAUACAACGAGUCUGUAAUUCACUGAACAAUGAACACUGUCUUGUGUGUGAACUGAACUUAGUCUACAUUUACUUGACUGAUGAAUGUGUUGAUGUUAUUAAUAGAUUAGUAGUAAGGAAGUUAACCACAUUAAGUCUAGUGACCACUAAUAUCACUAAUACCGGUGUGGCCAGUCUAUGUGAAGCUUUACAGCAUCCAAGCUGUAAGCUAACCACACUAAAUCUGGAGGGUGGUUCUAUCACUGAUACCGGUGUGGCCAGUCUGUGUGAAGCUUUACAGCAUCCAAGCUGUAAGCUAACCACACUAAAUCUGCAGGGUGGUUCUAUCACUGAUACCGAUGUGGCCAGUCUGUGUGAAGCUUUACAGCAUGCAAGCUGUAAGCUAACCACACUAAAUCUGCAGGGUGGUUCUAUCACUGAUACCGGUGUGGCCAGUCUAUGUGAAGCUUUACAGCAUCCAAGCUGUAAGCUAACCACACUAAAUCUGCAGGGUGGUUCUAUCGCUGAUACUGGUGUGGCCAGUCUGUGUGAAGCUUUACAGCAUCCAAGCUGUAAGCUAACCACACUAAAUCUUCAGGGUGGUUCUAUCACUGAUACCGGUGUGGCCAGUCUGUGUGAAGCUUUACAGCAUCCAAGCUGUAAGCUAACCACACUAAAUCUGCAGGGUGGUUCUAUCACUGAUACCGAUGUGGCCAGUUUAUGUGAAGCUUUACAGCAUCCAAGCUGUAAGCUAACCACACUAAAUCUGCAGGGUGGUUUUAUCACUGAUACCGGUGUGGCCAGUCUGUGUGAAGCUUUACAGCAUCCAAGCUGUAAGCUAACCACACUAAAUCUGCAGGGUGGUUCUAUCACUGAUACCAGUGUUGCCAGUCUAUGUGAAGCUUUACAGCAUCCAAGCUGUAAGCUAACCUCAAUAAAUCUGGGGAUUAGUGCUAUGACUGAUAUCGGUGUUGUCCAUCUAUGUGAAGCUUUACAGCAUCCAAGCUGUAAGCUAAACACACUAACUCUA